AUGGAUCAAAGUCCAUCUCGUUCAUCAAUGGCCCCUUCUAUAGAGGAACUCACUGAAGAAAUGUCUCGAAUGGUUCAGGAGGUCAGCGAACUCACUGGGAUCUCCAUGAGCCAGAUCCUUGCAUCCAGAACCUCCUUGGGAACGCCAGUGACUUCUGUUUCCCAACUCCUUGCAUCUGUGACAUCCUUGCAUUCACCAAUGCCACCUCUUCCUAGAGCCGCUUGGGGCUCCAAGGAACAUGACUCUAAUGAGAGAAGCAUUACUAGCCAUUUGAGUGUGGAUAAGUCAUGGCCUUUUGCAAUCUACCCACGCUGUGAGGAACUGAUCCAACAAGAAAGAAUGCCUCCGCUGGAGAAGUAUCCCUCUCCUACCGUGCCAAAGAAGAGAUCGAAGAGCCGGGCAAUGUCUUCCCUGUCGCUGAGGUCAGGGUGCUCUGAACAGACCCUGACCAGUAUCCAUGAGGAAGAUGAGACUAAGGUGGUGAUGGAUAUAAUGGCUGAGGUGGAAAAAGUGGCAAGUAAAGACUUCUCCAAGAAGAAGGCCUUUUUCUGGAGGAGACUGAGAUGUCUUUGUUGCCUGGGGAAGAAGAAGGCUGCUACUACAAAGAAGACCAAGGUGGAGGAGCAUGAGCAGGUAAAAUGGUCACUCUGUGUACAGUCAAAGUCACAAAUGUUCAAAUUUGUCUUAAUUCUCUCUUCUAAAUUCUAUUUUUUCUGUUCCCUUUACAGGAGAAUUCUGAGGUGACCCAGGAUGCUGUUUUCCCUACUGGGAUUUCCUUAAAAUGCUCAGGAAAUGAUUGA